AACCUGGGCUUCUAUGCAUGUCCAUGCUUUUUUUGCUAUGGGAAUUAUGAUUGUGGCACUCGUGGGAUUUCUGGUUCGGACCUGGUGGGUCUAUCAGAUAUUCCUCUCCAUAGCAACUCUUCCCUUUGUCUUGUGCUGCUGGAUGCUCCCAGAAACACCUUUUUGGCUCCUGUCAGAAGAAAGAUAUGAAGAUGCACAAAAAGUGAUUGAUACAAUGGCAAGAUGGAAUAAAGUAAACACUCCCUGCAAAGUUUCUGAACUGUGCUCAGUCCAACAAGAUGAUCCAGUCAGUGGCAGAACGAGUGAAAAUGACAUGUCCUCAACAAAGAAGCACAACAUCUUAGACCUGUUCUGUAACUGGCAAAUUGCAAGAAGGACCAUCACAGUCUGGCUGAUCUGGUUCACUGGGAGCUUAGGGUACUACGUCUUCUCCCUCAGUUCUGUCAGUCUAGGAGGCAACGAGUAUUUAAAUCUCUUUCUCAUAGGACUUCAGUAUAUUAAUUAUUUUAGCAAAUAUGGCUGGAAAAUUUUCCAUAGGUGUGGCAUUUGGCCUUAUAUAUCUCUACACAGCAGAACUGUACCCAACAAUUGUAAGAUCACUUGCUGUUGGAAGUGGAAGCAUGAUGUGCCGUGUAGGAAGUGUGGUUGCUCCUUUCUGUGUAUAUCUGAGAAGUGUUUGGAUUUUCAUGCCACUUGGCAGCUGAAAAAGAAGGACUGUGCUUGUCCAUGGACUGCUGGGAGGCUCGCUAGGUGCGCUGAGAACCACACGCUAUUUCCACAGCUACCAGUGCUGAGUGAGAAGGUAUGUUUCUUUUUCCUCUGCCUCUGUAUCCUGGAGAUGGCAGCACCCAAGGUCGCAGUGGUCGGCGCAGGAGUCAUCGGCCUGUCCACAGCACUGUGCAUUGUGGAGGCUUGUCCCAGCUGCUCUGUGACAGUCCUUUCAGACCAGUUCAGCCCCAACACAACGAGUGAUGCUGCUGCUGGGAUGCUCAUUCCUCACACGUACCCAGGCACACCGAUUCACGUGCAGAAGCAGUGGUUCAAAGAGACUUUCGCUUACCUUUUUGCCAUCAGCAACUCAGCCGAGGCGUCAGAGGCUGGCAUUCACCUAGUCUCUGGGUGGCAGAUCUUUAAAAGCACUCCCAAGGAAGAGUUACCUUUCUGGUCAGAUGCAGUCCUGGGUUUUCGACCAAUGUCCAAAGCAGAACUCCAGAAGUUCCCACAGUACCAAUUUGGUCAAGCCUUUACGACACUGAGAUGUGACUGUCCACCAUACCUGCUGUGGCUGGAGAAAAGGUUGAAAGCAGCUGGCGUCCAGACGUACAACAGAAAAGUUUCAGACUUGUGGGAGCUGCACAGUGAAUAUGACAUCGUUGUCAACUGCACAGGCAUUGGAGCCCACCAGCUAGUGGGGGACAAGAAACUCUUCCCUGUCAGGGGACAAGUACUCAAGGUUUAUGCUCCUUGGGUGAAAAACUUCAUCCGGGACGGGGAUGGCUUAACUUACAUCUACCCAGGGAUACACAGGGUAACCCUGGGGGGAACCAGGGAAAAGGAGAGCUGGAGUCUCUCCCCUAACCCUGGCACUACCAAAGACAUCUUUGACAGAUGCUGCUCCCUUGAGCCCUCACUGCGGGAAGCUCAGGAUAUCAAGGUGAAGGUGGGCCUGAGGCCAUCCAGGCAGUGCGUGAGACUGCAGAGGGAGGUUUUGAGCCAAGGAGGAGUUAAGCUCCCAGUGGUCCACAACUAUGGGCAUGGGGCAGGUGGCUUUUCGGUGCACAGGGGCACAGCCAAAGAGGCUGCUCGCCUGGUGGGAGAGUGCAUUGCUGCCCUGCGAGGCUCUUCAUCAGGGGCCAAGCUUUGAAUCUCAGAGGUUCCUUUUCCAUUUACAGCAGGCUAGUGUUGCAUCUCCUAGUAGCAGCUUGGACUUUUACUCUAUUACAGAAUAAAAGGAAAGAAACUAAGUCAACAACUUGUGUCAUUGCAGAUAUUCAGUGGUAUCUUACCUGGCUUCCAGCUGCUACCUUGGAAGGGCAUGGUGGUUUGCUCCAAGUAUUGGUCUAGCUGUUUGUCUCCUCUGUGUGGCAUUGUUGCUGCCCUGGGCCUUUGUCCUAGCCUCAUGUUAAGAAGAAGACGAGAUACAUAAAUACUCUCCACAUAACAGGGAUCACAUUGCUGCAGUAUAAUACAAAUAACAUCAAUUUAGCAUUUUUGCAUCUAAAUGGUGUCAGAUGCACUAGGUUCAGAUUCAGUAAAAAUCAGUCCUCUCCUCUUGUGCCAAAUCUAAUCUAGUAUUGCCCUUGCUCCUGCCAUUCCUAACAAAUUUUAUCAUUGACUAUAUAAUAUACAAGGAAAAGAAAACCCCACACAGUGCUGCAUUGCAGGGAUCCAGGUCAGCUCUUACAAUGUUAGGUCAUUGUCUGCCACAGUGAUUUUAAGAUCAGGUCUGUGAUACUGAUCACUGCAUUUGCUCAUAUUACACCUCAGAGAACUUAGUUUCUGCUAACAUUGCCCCAUAUGAACUACGGCUUUGUGCAUCUUUUCUCACACGUGUUUGCAAGUCUGUUUUUUUCCUCCAAGUCUCUCAGAUUUUGCUUUCACAGAUGAUUUCCCCCCCACCCUGCAUAGCAACAUUGACAUGGCCUGUGUUCCACAGAACAGGAUUUUUCAGAGUGGGCUUGGGAAUGAAAGCAUCUAUUUUCUACUUCACAUCAACACUGUCUGCAUUCCUUGCAACAGCUGAUAUGAAUAAAUUGGAGACAAACCAACAAGGAUUCUAACACCAGGAUCAGUUUCAUAAAAGAGAAGAGCCAUUUAAGACUAGAUAAACACUGUAAAGACAAAUUUGUCUGUAAUGGGAUGUGAGCAAGCUCCUCUUCUGUAAGAAAGCUGAGUCACCAGAGCCCAGACCAUCUCACUCCAUGGCAAAGGCCGAGCUGGGCUUUACACUGCCCUCGGCAAUUCAAGCUCUUUGAUGUGGCUGAAGAUAAUCACUCCCCAAAACUGGAUCUUACUAUCAAAGUACAAGUCUGAUUGUUAGUGAUUAAACUACUCAUUAGAUCUUAAAUGUCUCAUUUAAGAGUAUCAUCCACUUUUGUCUAUUUUUUUGUCCUUAGAGUUACAAAACUAUUCAAAAUCCUUCAAGAAUUUACAUGAUUAAAAUGGACUGUAUUAUAAAUAAAGUUCUAAUAAUGGAGCACAGGUCA